UGAAAUAUGACGUACUUCUAUCUUAUCCUGACUAUGAUAAUCCUAAUCAUUUGCAUAUAUUAGAUAAGAAUGGAAAGAUUCUUUAUAAAACCAAAGGUGUCAGUCCACCACUGAUACCAAAAGAGCAAAGUGCUGAAGGAGCUGGGAUACAAUGGUUGGCUUAUUCUGCAAAUGGUACAAUUCAAGGAAAAGUUAUUUAUUGCCAUUUUGGACGAAAAGAAGAUUUUGAACGUUUAAAAUAUUAUGAUAUUGAUCCUAAGGGUAAAAUAGUUAUGAUGAGAUAUGGCAAAAUCUUUCGGGGUGAUAAAAUAUGGAAUGCUCAAAUAGCGGGUGCUGUUGGUGCUAUUUUAUUUUCCGAUCCUUUUGAAGUAGCACGAGAUGGUACAGAAAAAGAAAAUGUUUACCCGAAUACCAAAUGGUUGCCAAAUGUGGGUGUGCAACGCGGUAGUAUUAUGCAUGGUAACGGCGAUCCGCUUUCUCCGUUAUAUCCAUCAAAAAAGAAUUUGUAUCGUUCAAAAACUAUCAAAGAGGCUAUGAAUGAUUAUGUGAUACCAACAAUUCCAGUAUUACCAUUAAGUUAUUCGGAUGCUUAUCAAGUGCUAUCUAACAUGCAAGGUUUCAUAGCACCAUUUGAUUGGCAAGGCGGUCUUAAUUUGACUUAUUAUCUUGGACCUAAUAUGAAGGAAGAUAAUGAAAUUCAAAUUAUCGUUCAUUCAUCAUUAGAAACCAGAACAAUUCGAAAUGUACUAGGAUAUAUUCGCGGUACAAUGGAUCCUGAUAAAUAUGUUAUCUUAGGUAAUCACUACGAUGCUUGGGUUUAUGGUGCAUUAGAUCCGAAUAGUGGUACAGCAAUAUUAGCUGAGGUUGCUCGAGGGAUUACGGAAACUAUGAAAAUGACAACUUGGAGACCGGCAAGAACAAUUAUAUUUUGCAAUUGGGAUGCUGAGGAAUAUGGCUUAAUUGGAUCGACAGAAUUUGUUGAAGAUCAUGCAAAUUUAUUAAAUAUUGAUUUGAUCAUACAUGUAAGUACAGUACCGACAUUAUAUCAAUUUAUGACAAAAAUGUCAAAAUUAAUUCCAAAUCCAAUGGAAUCGGAGAAAAGAAGCGGACGAGAAACUCUCUACGAUACUUGGUUCAAAAAUUUUCCAAGUGAUAUCAGUUUUUUACCGGAUAUACCAUCAAUGCCGAUUCCAGGAGAUAAAAGUGACCAUGCAGCAUUUUUAAAUUAUCUCGGUAUACCAGUUGCUGAUAUCACUUACAG